CAGUGAUCUUUGUUUUGAAUCUACAAGACUACAAUUGCUGAACUUGUUUCGGUUUGCUUCUUUACAGCAUGCGAAUAGAGUUUGCGACCCCGUUAGUUGACAAUGAGAUUAACUUUCAAAAUCGCUUGAAGUGCGAGUAAACUAGUCUCAAGUUUGUUGAUUAUGUCUAUAAAGUAAAUACUAGUUUGUAGAGGAUGGUACUGUAAUUUUGGUACAGAAUCGAGCAACUCACACACUGAGAUCACGUUCGACGUGGAGAGUGGAGAGAGAGAGAGAGAGAGAUGAGGAGCUCUCACCCACCGCCACCUGUGAAGUCCGGCUUCCCUCUCCCCGAAGACGACAACGACACACCCCGACCAGCCGCCUCCGGCGGCGGGCUACGGAAGAAGGCCACCGGAGUGCGUCCCUGGCUCCUCCUCGACGCCGCCGGCCAGGCCCAGGUAGUUGAGGCCGGAAAGCACGCGAUCAUGCGGCGGACUGGUCUCCCGGCCCGCGACCUCCGGAUCCUCGACCCGCUCCUCUCGUACCCGUCCACCGUGCUGGGCCGGGAACGGGCCAUCGUGAUCAACCUCGAGCACAUCAAGGCCAUAAUCACGGCCCAGGAGGUUUUGUUGCUCAACUCUCGAGAUCCUUCCGUGAUGCCCUUCGUUGAGGAGCUUCAGCGUCGUAUCCUGCGCCACCACCACGCUACCAAAUCCCAGGAGGGCGGUUUUAAUGCCGAUGAUACAGACUGGACAAAUCUGUUUGAUUUGGUAGAGCCAAUAUCAAGGUCACAUAGCCCUCAAAAGUUUUCCGAAGGCUUCCCAGGAAAUGACGAUGGAGGUAAGGUGGAUGGGGUAGGAGCUUUUGAUAAACAAGAUGGAUUGAAAGUUCUUCCCUUUGAGUUUAUUGCUUUGGAGGCUUGCCUUGAGGCUGCGUGCAGUUGCUUGGAAAACGAAGCGAGGACAUUGGAACAAGAAGCUCAUCCAGCCUUAGAUAAGCUGACUUCAAAAAUUAGUACUCUUAAUUUGGAACGUGUUCGUCAGAUUAAAAGCCGCUUGGUUGCAAUAACUGGUCGUGUUCAAAAGGUAAGGGAUGAACUAGAACAGCUAUUAGAUGACGAUGAAGACAUGGCAGAGAUGUAUCUUACCGACAAAAUGGUGCAACAGCACCUUGAAAAUUCUUCUCAACCAUCUAUGGAUGAGCAUGAUGGCAUAGAUGAUGAUGUUGCUCGAUCCAACAUGGAUGACAGCAGCAUUCCUGCUGCAAUUUUGUCAGAUGUUAAUGGGGCUUCCACCAGUUUUGAAGGUAAUGUCCAUAAUAUUGAUAACACCCAAGAACAGCUCUACGCAGCAUCUCAUGUGCUUAGAAGAGACAGUCAUGGGACCCACACUAGUACCACCCAUAGUGUCAUAAGCAAGCAUCUUGAUGUGGAAGAGCUUGAAAUGCUCCUGGAAGCAUACUUUGUUCAGAUUGAUGGUACAUUAAAUAAAUUGUCAACGCUGAGGGAGUAUGUUGACGACACAGAGGAUUACAUCAACAUUAUGCUGGACGACAAACAGAACCAUCUCCUUCAAAUGGGUGUCAUGUUGACAACGGCUACGCUCGUAGUGAGUGCAUUUGUUGUCGUCGCUGGGAUUUUCGGCAUGAACAUCCAAAUCGAUCUCUUUAGCGAAGAAAAAGCUGGGAUGCAAGAGUUCCUGUGGACUGUUGGUGGCGGCGCUACCGGCAGUGUAUUCUUGUACGUGAUUGCUAUCGCCUGGUGUAAACAUAAACGCUUGCUGGAGUGAUCACAAACCUGUCCACUUGGUCUGGAUUGUAAAUUUACUUCUGUAUCCACAUCUGUAUCCUCAAAUUGAUGCGGACUCUUGGAAAGUUCCAAUAAAGUGUAAUUCAGUAUAUACGAGAUUGCUGUAAUUCCAGAAACUUCUUUUCUGUUAGAGAUUUCAAGCAGGGAUUAUGGUCGACA